AUGGCAUCAGAGACAAAACCGAAAGGAAUACUCAAAAAUUCAUCAAUUAAUUUACAGCAAAAGACGCCAAAACUAAAAUGGGACGAAGACAAUUUGCAACUUACGGAAUCUCAAAAGUCGGCGACAAUGAAAAUACUAGAACCACCGACGCCGUAUAUUCAUUACAACCAAGAGACUGAUGAGAUAAUGACGGAUUUAGACACUCGUGAGAAACAUCGCAAAUUCCUUCAAAUGCGUGCACAGCACUACAACAUGAGAGAGGCCAUACGCAUGGGGCAUAGACUGCUCGAAGAGGAAGACGAUGAUAACGAAAACUCGGCGGCCAAUGGAGAAAAUUAUUACGAAGAGGAGGAAGAGGAGGGAGAAAAUCAGGGUGAAGAUAAUAAAAAAAAGGAGAGGGAGAAAAAAUACGCAAGUAAGGAGUAUAUGGCUGAAUGGGACAAGAUAAAGGCAUCAGCAGCAGAUCGGAUGGACACACGAUAG